AAAUUUUCGCUGCUUAGUGAACGUCGAUCGGUGUUCGGAGUUCGGACUCUCGGAUGGGAUAUAAAACUACUGGACUAUUCAGCCUCUUUAAAUUGGAAGCAAGAGCCUUUCACACUAACUGCUGAGCUCCAAGAAUCGCUUAAGUGACUGAGAGGAAAAUCACUAAGACUGACGAAAGGAGAAGGCGUAUUUCAAAUUUUUGAUAUGACCACUUCAAGUACUAUCAGCAGUGAACUCCCAUUCGGCUCGUCCAGAAUUAAUAUUGACCCUCCAAUAUCGGGAUUGUGCCUUCCAACGGAAAUCAUGGAAAACAUGGUAAAUUACUUGGACACUCUUACCUUAAGCUUGGGUCAUCAGCUGGCAACUUUUCGCUCUUGUCAAACUCAACCCAGCAAAUUGAUCCCCCAUCAAGAGAUCGACAACUUUCCUCCUGCUAUUUGUAUGGACGUGGGGAAGUACAAAAAAAUCGCCAAAAUCGGAGUGGGCACAUUCGGUGAGGUCUUCAAAGCGAGAGACUGGAAAGACUGGACAAAAUAUGUGGCCAUAAAACGAGUGCUGAUUGAAAAAGAGGGGGAAGGCUUCCCAACGUCAUUCUUGAGAGAGCUGACUUUUCUGCGACAUCUCAAGCAUGAAAAUAUUGGGAAUCUCAUCGAUAUCUGUUGCUCGAAACCACACCCAAAUACGCCUUUUAUAUCCACCUACUUGGUGUUUGACUUCUGCGAGCACAACCUUGCCGAUCUACUCUCAAAUGCCAAUGCCCAGUUAACAUUGGGCGAGAUUAAAAAUGUGAUGCAACAAUUGCUGACUGGAACCCAUUACCUCCACCUAAACAAGAUACUUCAUAGAGACAUGAAGACGUCUAACAUUCUUGUGAGCAAAAGUGGAUGCAUCAAAGUGUCCGAUUUUGGUUUGUCCAGAGCUUUCAGUGUCCUAGAACCUAUGGAAUCAAAUAGUUACAAGAAUCCUUUUGUGACUCUUUGGUAUCGUCCACCUGAACUGCUGCUUGGAGAACAAAAUUACGCUUCUUCUGUGGAUAUGUGGGGAGUUGGAUGUGUCAUGGCGGAAAUGUGGACCAGGAGUUCCAUAAUGCAGGGUCAUUCCGAAAUAAAUCAACUCACUCUCAUCUCUAUUCUCUGCGGCUCCAUCACACCUGAUGUCUGGCCUGGUGUUGACAAACUUGAAUUGUUCGGCAAUUUUGACCUGCCUCGAAACCAAAAGCGCAAGGUCACUGAACGCCUACAACCUUACUUAAAGGACUCUUGCGCAUUGGACUUAAUAGACAAGCUAUUGGUGCUAGAUCCAAAGAACCGAAUAGACACUGAAACUGCUUUGGAUCACGGUUUCUUUUCGACCAACCCGAUGCCAACUGGCUUGUCCAAAAUGCUAGCUAAUUACACGCAGAGCUUGUUCGAAUGCAAAGUGCCACCUAGACGUCAAAGGCGUGGGAAAAGGGGGGCUUCCCAUUCGCAGCAAGACGCCCAGGCUGAGAACCUUAAGGAAUUAAAGCACCAUUAUUGAUGGUGCAGUGACUAAAAAGAUUUUAUGUUCUCGAAAAGAAUUAUAGUUUAACAUAGAGCGCCAGAUUUUUAAGUGACGUCCUUGCGUUACGGAACAUGGCGCUCUGGCCUCCCUCUCUUAGAAAAAUUAAUUAGAUAUCAAAUUAUGAAAAUUUGCUUUCAGUAUAAACUUAGUUUUAAUAUUUUUAUUGAUUUUAUAUAGUUUCUCUAUAAAUCUCUGGCAUAAUCAUGUGUUCGCCAUGUCCGAGAUUUUAUCCAUAAUUUUUAAAACGUGUCUUUCAUGUACAAGAACUGAAUAGGAUUUUUUAUCUGUAUACUCUUUUACACUUCCUUACAAAACAGUUAAUAUAUAACAAAAUGUGCAUGGAUUUGCUCACGCUAAUGUCUGAUUGGGUGUUGUUGAAUUGUCACUAUAUAUAUUUAACUACCUCAUGUGCCUGAUAGAUUUUGAUUUCAAGACUUCAAGAGACAAAUUUUGAGCUUAAAACUAUGCACUACUCGAUGCCAUGGUACUAAUUGUGAAGCUUUGUUAAAGCAUUUUUGAUCUUGGUGAAAGUAAUUGAAGCUCAAAAUAUACAACGUAUUCCUCAAUUUAUUAUGUGAUAAUGAACUGGGAAUUCACCAA